GUGCAGGAUCGAUCAUUUUGGCGGCGUUGGGCUUGCGUUUCCAAGAUGGGUCACAGAAGUCGCUCGCGCUCUCCAGCACCUCGCAAAGACAAAGAAAAAAAGCGUACUUCUAGUACCCGUGGCCGUAGUCCAGUUAAGUCAACUAAGAAUAAGACAAAGGCUAAAAGCAAAGGGGAUUCAAGCAAAGCGACUGCCAAAAACGGCACAGAUAAAGGAAGUCGCCGCCGAAGUCGUUCACCCAGCAGUUCAUCAUCCAGCUCCGGCAGUUCGAGCACUAGCCGCAGCUCCAGUUCAGGGUCAAGCAGCAGCAGAAGUAGUAGUAGUAGCAGUAGUGGAUCAAGUCAUAGUGGGUCCAGUCGCAGUAGCAGUGGAUCAAGUAGCAGCAGUAGUAAGAAAGAAAAGAGCAAAGCCCCAAAGACUAAAAAGGAAGUGAAGGAAAAGGAGACCAAAGAAGUGAAAGAGGUUACAAAGGAACCCAAAGAAGUUAAAGAUAAAGCCCUACCCCCUCCCCCUAAAGUGAAAUCACCUAAAGCCUCUCCUCCUCCUCCUAAAUCACCGAAGAAAUCACCAAAGAAAUCACCAAAGAAAUCACCAGCCCUCAAGUCACCCACCCCACCACCACGCACCAGGCCUACGCGGCGAUCUGUUUCCAAAUCUGUGUCCAAGUCUCCUAGUCCUGUGAAACGUGGACCUCGCGCCCGUUCAUCGUCUUCCUCAGCUUCUUCGCGCUCACCGAGACGACGCAAAAGAAGCCCUACCCCCAAACCGGCUAAGCUUUACGUGGCUCAUCUUACACGCAACGUCACUAAGGAUCACGUUUUCGAGAUAUUUAGCGUAUACGGUCAUGUUAAGUCAGUAGACUUACCCAUGGACCGUUUUAACUUUAUGCCUAGGGGAUUUGCAUACGUGGAAUAUGACGAAGCGGACAAUGCAGACACUGCCUUGAAACACAUGGAUGGAGGACAGAUUGAUGGGCAAGAAAUUACUGCACAGAUGGUGCUUCCUAUCAGGCCACGCGACGUUAGACCCGCGCGCCGUCCCAGUCCACCCCCUAGGCGCCGUCCUAUGCCAGCUUGGAGAAGAUCACCGCCUGCACGAUUCCGUGGCUCGUUCAGAGCGGGUAGACGAUCACGUUCUCCGUCUCCAAGGCGCAGGUCUCGUUCGAAAUCACGGAGCAGAAGUCGAUCACCACCGAGGCGACGAAGAUACAGCCGAUCAAGUUCGAGUUCAUCGCGGUGAUAGGGACAUGCCUGUUUAAGGAGAAUAACAGUGUAGAAAUACUUCGAAAACAACUAGCUGCUUUACUGCAGUUGAUUUUUUCCAGCACUUCGAGAUUUCUAAAACGAAAGGACGUUUCUACCGAUGCGCUUUAUUUUUCUUUUUACCUUGUCUCUUAUUUUAAAACAGUACGUUUCCCUCGGCUCUAGACAGUCAUAUAAUGUUAAAAUGACAUUCAAGUUGUAUCUCAGUGUUGAGUAUAGUAUGGCAAGUUUGAUGUUAGUUUCUCUCGUAACGCCUAGGUUUGAGACCCAGGUCUUCGCUAUUUUGUUGUAAUAAAGAGUAAGUCAUGAUUUGCAUGAGCAUUAA